AUGCAAUUCUUAACUUCAUCAAUCGCUUUAUUGUGUCUUUCCGCUGCUGUAUCCUUGGCCAAGAACAUUAUCUUGACUAAUGAUGAUGGUUGGCAAGCUACCAAUAUCAGAGCUACUUACUACAAGUUGAAAGAUGCUGGCCACAAUGUGUUUCUUGUUGCCCCCGUUGUUCAAAGAUCGGGAUACGGCGGUAAGUUCGAUAUACCAACAUCUCCAACGCUUCAGCAAGGUGGUGAAUUCAACUAUCCGCCUGCGGGCUCACCUAGUUGGGGAAGUGAACCAGAUGAUGACCAUAUCUGGUAUUUCAACGGUACUCCAGCAUCGUCAGUCGCUUUUGGUUUGCAAUACGUUAUCCCUGAGAAAUUCAACAACAUCUCGAUUGACUUGGUUGUUAGUGGUCCUAACGAAGGUACCAACGAGAGUCCUGCAAUGUUUACUUUGAGCGGUACCAUUGGUGCUACGUAUAAUGCCGUGUACAGAGGAUACCCAGCUAUUGCAUUCAGUGGUUCAAAUAGCAACAACUCUUUCUUCAAGGAUGCUUUGGACUUGAAUGACACUUCGGCCCCAUCAACUAUCUACGGUAACAAAGUCGUUGAAUUGGUUGACGCAUUGUUCAAGUCACAAGGCUCAAAUUCAAGAGCAUUACCAGUGGGCGUAGGCUUAAACGUCAACUUUCCCAAAGUCGGCUACGAAAAUGAAACGUGUUCUGAUCCAAAGUAUGUUUUCACCAGGUUGACCGGUCAGUACGCUUCUGGUGCCGACUUGAAAUACAAUGCCACUUCCAACUCAUUCUACUAUGCACAAGACCAAUUUUCGCCAUUGACUGUUUGCAACAACGGUGACUGCUCCUUGCCAUCUGAGAAUUUUGUUGUGGAGCACACAAAGUGUCAAACAGCAGUCUCCGUCUUCUCAAUCGAUUGGGAUGCAAAUUUGGGAUUAACCAACCAAGUCAAAGGUUUGAUAGCCCCAGUGUUUGAAUAG